ACGUGAUGACGUCGGAUGUAUAUGAGCGCAGGCGGCGGGAUCUCUCUCCCCUUUUACCGCCAUCGGAGCGGAGUGUCUUUCUUCUCCGGGACCUCUUCACUGCGCAGCGCCGCUUCACCAGUGCAGCCUCCGGCCAGAGAGCAAAGCAAAGACCAGGCUGAGAUGGAUCCGGCAGAUAUGGAGGACGUCGAAGAAGUGGAAGAGGAAGAGACGGGAGAAGAUGAAAACAGCAAAGCUCGUCAGCUGACUGUGCAGAUGAUGCAGAAUCCACAGAUCCUGGCUGCACUACAGGAGAGGCUGGAUGGUCUGAAUGGCUCGCCGUCAGGGUACAUGGAGAGUUUACCAAAGGUUGUAAAGAGACGCGUAAACGCCCUCAAGAACCUGCAGGUCAAAUGUGCCCACAUUGAGGCUAAGUUCUACGAAGAAGUACAUGAACUGGAGAGAAAGUACGCAGCCCUCUACCAGCCCCUCUUUGACAAAAGAAGUGACAUAGUGAAAGCAGCUUAUGAGCCCACAGAUGAAGAAUGUGAAUGGAAGACGGAUGAGGAGGAAGAGCUGACAGUAAGUAAGCAGGAUGAGAUGAAGGAGAAGGCCAAGUUAGAGGAAGAGAAGAAGGACGAGGAGAAAGAAGACCCCAAAGGCAUCCCCGAGUUCUGGUUAACGGUUUUCAAAAACGUGGACCUGCUCAGUGACAUGCUGCAGGAACACGAUGAACCCAUUCUCAAACACUUACAAGACAUUAAAGUAAAAUUCUCAGAUCCAGGACAGCCCAUGAGCUUCACGUUAGAGUUCCACUUCGAGCCCAACGACUUCUUCACAAACACAGUGUUGACGAAAACCUACAAGAUGAGGUCAGAGCCGGACGAGAGCGACCCUUUCUCCUUCGAUGGACCCGAGAUCAUGUGCUGCACAGGUUGCACGAUUGACUGGACGAAGGGCAAGAACGUCACGUUGAAAACAAUCAAGAAGAAACAGAAGCACAAGGGCCGCGGCACAGUGAGGACUGUCACCAAAACAGUCCCCAACGACUCCUUCUUCAACUUCUUCACCCCACCAGAGGUCCCUGAAAAUGGAGAGUUGGAUGAAGACUCAGAGGCGGUCUUGGCUGCAGACUUUGAAAUUGGCCACUUCAUCCGUGAGCGUAUCGUACCACGGGCUGUGCUGUACUUCACAGGAGAGGCCAUAGAGGACGAUGACGAUGACUACGAUGAAGAGGGAGAGGAGGCGGACGAUGAGGAAGGCGAGGAGGAGGCUGAUGAGGAGAACGACCCCGACUAUGAUCCCAAGGUUUAAGUGGUGACUGUAGAAAAAUAACCCUAUCCUGAAGGAUGCAGCCCCCCCAGCUGAGUGCAAGCAGCAGUGAAGCCUGGCCUGGCUGCCUUGAGGAUCAACUGCACUGUAAUGGCUUCUCAAAUUAAAAAAACAAACAAAAAAAACAGAUUAAAAAAAAUAGUUACUUAACGCCUUAUAAUGUUUUGUAUUUUUCUUGGUAGAGAAUUUGAAGAAAAAAAGUUUCAAGAUUUUUGUUACAAAAACUCAUGGUAAUCUACUGGGAGGAGCUGUGUGGCUCAAUAUACAUAGUAUUUUACUAGACCGGUUUUUUUUCUUCUCUUCUUCCUCCUCUGUACAAUAGAUAGAAUACAGGAAAACAUCUCCCUCAAAAAGCAUGAACUUGUUUCUUCACUGCUAAAACUAGUUUGGGUUCUUGUGAAGUCUUUUGUUGUAUUUGCUCUUAGACAACAGCUGUGGUUUAGACUGCAUCGCGGCGACGUCAGUUUAUAAUCCCCGCCCUUCUCUUUCCUCUUCCUCCUACCAAAGUUCCAGGUUGGUCAGUGUUGGUUGUCCCCAGGUGAAUCUUUUUUUACUCUUAGCAGGACCUUGAGCACUUGUAAAAGCACUGUAGCAUUUCCAGCUCUUGUGACCGAGGGCCGAUGGGUGACCUGCAACGGGUGUCUAUUCCACUUUAUCUAAUCUUGCUGAGCGUGGCAUCCGGAGUUCGUGUUUUUGUCCACUUCCUGCGCCACUUGUGCUCAUCUACUUUCCACUCUUGAUACAUUCCAGUAAGCAGACUAGCUGGCACCGUUGGAGGCCCCCCCCCCCCUUCCAAAAGGAAGUCCACUUGUCUUUAACUAGAUGGACUCAUCUAAAUUGAACAAAAAUGAAUUUUGUUUCACCUUUGUGACGCAAUAGGUCGCUCCCAUGGCUUUGUCUAGCCUGGUCGAGUCUCUUUAACAUUCCAGAGAAUUCUUUAGAUGCGGAAGGGGAUGAGACAAGUUGACAGGUUUGCCCCCCCCCCCCCCCCCCCCAGCCCCAAUAACCCAGUGCUUCGGGCUCCUCGUAGGCUCGCAGGGCUGUCGUCUUUUCUAUAGCACUUUGUCCUAGAGUGUGGUGUACCAGUGGCGUCCUGUCAUCGGUUAGCUGUCUUGAGUAUUCCUAGUGAUCAGCACUUUGUUUGAUGCCUCCCGCCUGUACACUCAUGGGGGCCGGUGCUGUAACCUUGAUAUAUGGAGAGUUCAACUUGUGCUGUCUGGGUUCGAAGUAACUUUUCUUACCGGGGGGGGGCGGAGGCGGCACACUUGGCCUGUUCAGAGAGGCUUUGUAGGAACAGGGUUGGGCAGACGUAGCACAGCACAUGACAAGGAAAGGCCAAACCAGGUUUUAGAGUCUGUGGACAUGUCAGGUUCACCCUAUGCCCCCUUUUCUCAUCAGUUUGACGUUUACCUCUUGUGUUGCCUAUUUGAGACUGGUCAGGUGACUCUCACGGACCUCAACCCAGCCCCUGAGGUCUUGGUUAUUAUUUUUUUUAUCACUGUGAAAGAAAGAGGGGAAGUGUGAUAAGGCCAUUGUGUUUGUCAGUGACCCACCACCCUCCUCCCUACCCCAAACCCAUUCCUUUGUUACCCAGAAGGCCACAGGGAAGCAUGUCAGAGCAAUACUUAAAGCCAGAAGGGGGACCGAGAAGAAACCGUAGCCUCUCUGUCUAUUAAUGCCUUUUUAGUUGUGAAAACAGCAAAGUGUUGGUUGCGUUAGGCAGCAUCGCAUCUACUGUGGAGAGCCAGGGUACCUCUCAUUCUGCAGGGAGUAUUCAGAUCAUGUUUAUUGGGAAAGGAUGUGAAAGGGUUUCUGUAGGGUCCUUCUGAGCAGCUGUUGUCAAGGCAAAACGCUAUGCUACAAAAAUACUAAUGUACUCAAUAACUGUACGUGUAUGUUCAUGAAUAAAUUGGUUCAACAUGUCUAA